ACCCGUGACCGUCAUGAGGAAUUUUUUUGUCCCUCUCUGCUCUCCCACACACUAAGGAAAGGCUUUUGAGGAGUGAAGAAACACAGAGCUUGGUAGCCACAGUCUGAGGAGGCUCUCCAAUCAGAAGGAGUGCAUCAGGGAAUAAUUGGCUUGAUGUUGUGCAAUCGUACAGCCGGAAUGCCUCGUGGAGACUUCAACAUCUACUUUGCCAGCGGACGGAGGGGAUAUGUCAGAGCUGAGGAGGCAGUGGGGAUAGCCCUUCUGGUUGUUGUCCUCGCUGGCCUCCUCAUCCUUGGUUGCUGGUACCUGAAGAAGAGGAGUGGCUACAAAAUAAUCAGGAACACCGGCUCAGGAUCUGCAGGUUUUACAGCAGGCCAGUACUCUGAGGCAGGAACUUCAGCAGACAACAAAAUGGCUCUUACUGACUUUGGCAGCUUCCGAUCUGUGGUUCCUAAUGCCCCUCCAGCCUAUGAGAAGAUUUCUUCAGGACCACUGCCACCUCCUUACUCCCCCUGAGUGAGAAAGACUGUCCAACAUCUACAGAGACAUGGGAAAAUCUGAGGACCAAACUCAGAAACUGACUUGUCAGACGGAAAUAUCAUGUUUCGCUGUCGAAAUGCUUCGUAGAUUAAUAGCACCAAAAAGAAAAUCAAUGCAUUGUUUUUUCCUGCUUUGUAAAAAUCUUAAUAGAGAUAAAAUGUGUCACCUAGGCUUUUCAAUAAACAGACAAAAAAGAUCGCAAACACA